AUGUCGAUCUCAAAAAUAAAAAAUGCUGCAAAAUCUUUAAAAACAUUUCAAGGUAUUCACUUUGAACAAUGUUUGGAUAAUGGUGAAACAGCUGAGCAAAUGAAUAAAUGGCUUUUAGAAGUAUCAUGGGAAGUAGCUAACAAAGUUGGUGGAAUUUAUACUGUUAUUCGCUCAAAAGUACCUAUAACAAAAAAAGAAUAUGGAAAUAAUUAUAUUUGUUUGGGUCCAUAUAAUGAUUCAUUUGUUAAAACUGAAGUUGAAAUUAGUGAAUCUAAAAAUGAGGCUAUACGUGAGACAGUUAAUGACAUGAAACGUUAUGGUGUUAAUGUUGUAACUGGAAAUUGGUUGAUUGAAGGUUUUCCACAGGUUGUUCUUUUUGAUAUUGGCUCAGCAGCCCAUCGAUUAGAUGGUUGGAAAGGAGAUUUUUUCCAAUAUGCACAUAUUGGUAUUCCAUAUCAUGAUCGAGAAUCGAAUGAUGCUUUAAUAUUUGGUUUUUGUGUUUUUUGGUUCAUUGGCACAUUUAUUGAACAAGUAAAACGAAUUAAAAAAAGUUAUGUUAUUGCUCAUUUUCAUGAAUGGUUAACCGGUGUUGGUCUUGUAAUGAUACGUCUUCGUAAUUAUGAUUGCGGAUUAAUAUUUACAACACAUGCAACACUAUUAGGACGAUAUUUAUGUGCUGGUUCAGCAGAUUUUUAUAAUAAUUUAAGUCAUUUUAAUCUUGAUAAAGAAGCUGGUGAUCGUCAAAUAUACCAUCGUUAUUGUAUUGAACGUGCUGCUGCAUCAUGUGCACAUGUAUUUACAACUGUUUCACAAAUAACUGGUAUUGAAGCAGAAUAUUUAUUAAAUAAAAAACCCGAUAUAUUAACGCCCAAUGGGCUUAAUGUUCAAACAUUUGCUGCAUUACAUGAAUUUCAAAAUUUACAUGCACAAAAUAAAGAAAAGCUCAAUGCGUUUAUACAUAUUUUAACACCAAAUGGACUUAAUAUUCGAUUAUAUCGACGUAAACCACGUUCGAUAUGGUCAUUAGAUCCAAUAAUUAUAUCCCAUGAAAGAAUAUCAAACUUUGUACAAGGACAUUUUUUAGGACAUUAUGAUUUCGAUUUGGAUAAAACAUUAUAUUUUUUUAUUGCUGGACGAUAUGAAUUUUCAAAUAAAGGUGCCGAUAUGUUUAUUGAAUCUUUAGCACGAUUAAAUCAUAUGCUUAAAGCAUCCGGUUCAGAUGUAACUAUCGUAGCAUUUAUGAUAUUUCCAACAGCAACAAAUAAUUUUAAUAUUGAAUCAUUACGUGGUCAAUCUGUUGCUAAAAUGCUUCGAGAUACAGUACAAAAUAUUCAAGGUGACAUUGGAAAACGACUUUAUGAAAUUUGUCUAAAUUUUCUCUUUCUUUUUGUUGGUUUACCAUUAUGGUAUUCUACUACAAGUACAUAUCGUGCACCAUUACCUUAUUCUCGUAUAUCAACUCUUGCAUCAAAACCUUCGGAUUUAACUGAACCAAAUUUAACAUCAUUUCAAACAGCAUCAUCAUAUGAAAUAUUAUUUUAUUUAAUAAAUAAUAAUGACGAAAAUUAUAGUUUAAAUAAAACGAUAUAUGAAGAAAUAAUAUCAUCAACAAUUGUACCUUAUUUAAUAAAUACAUAUUCAAAUUAUAUUAAUAUUGAUAUAUCAACUGAAAUAAUAUUUAAUACACGUGGAAUUUUACCAAGUGAAACAAUACAUAAUUUAGAAAAAAAGCAAAUACCUUUUUUUAUUAAUAAACUUGAAUAUUUAUUACAUCAUUCAACAAAACAUUAUAAAGAAAAAAUUUUUUUUAUUUUAUUUAUACCUGAUGAAAAACAAACACCAUUAACAGUUGAUAAAAAUGAACAAAAUUCAAUAAUUGUACCUAAAUGGGGUAGUGUUAUAUUUUAUAAUAAAGAUAAAUCUAAUAAUGAAUUUGAUGAUUUAAAUAUAAUAAUGAAGCAAUUUCUUAAUCAUUUUAAUCAUUUAUUAGGUAUUGAAACAUUUGAAAAAUGGAUUAAUUUACGUACAAUUGAAAAUUAUAAUAAUGGUCGACAAACAUUAUUAACUUUAUCACAAUUACUUCUUUCAAUACCUAAUAUUGUUAUUGAUGAUAGUAUGGCAAAAAAAAUUCAUAAUUCACUUGAUUUAUUAGAAAAAUGUCAAGAUAAUAAUCAACAUAAUGAUUGUCAACAAGGACGUUUACUUGCUGAUCAAGUUUUUUUUGAUCCAUCAUUACUUAAAUUACUUUAUUUUCCAGAUGAUCAAAAAUUUGCUAUAUAUGUUCCAUUAUUUUUACCUAUGGGUGCACCAUUAGCUUGGACAUUAUUCAAUGAUAUUAAAUUUUUGAUAAAUAUUGUUAAAAAGAAUCGCUAA